AUGACGGUCCUCUCCCCGCUCUCUGACUCCAUCCUGGCCGAGAAGACGGUGAUCGUCCUGGCUGACCGCGUCACCAUCGCCGACCUGGGCGUGCAGCUGGUGGCUGGCUUGUCCCUUGCCCUGAAGCCUCACAGAGCGGACAAAAGAGCCAUCGUCUCGAUGGUGGCUGCCCAGGACGUUCUUCGAGCCCCGCAGCAGGUGGUUUUUCUUAGUUGUUGGAUUUUAUUCAGUGAUGGUUCGGUGACACCCUUAGACAUUGAUGAUCCCAAGGAUUUUUCAGUCACUGUGUCAUCAUUGGAUGAAAUGGUGGUGUCUGUCCACGCAAACCUUCAGUCCCAAUGGCCGGUUGUGGUUGCACAGGGUGAAGGGCAAGGUCCCUUGAUUAAAUUAGAGAUGAUGAUUAGCGAACCCUGUCAGAAGACCAAGAGGAAGAGUGUUCUUGCCGUGGGUAAAGGAAAUGUCAAGGUCAAAUUUGAACCAAAUGUUGAUGAGCACCUAGGAGGCACCAACGAUAUCGAGGGCAUCAGUCGGGAAUACAAAGACCACUUCGGUAAUUCCAUACAGCGUGAAGGAAACCAGGAGAGAGCGGUUCAGGAGUGGUUCCAACAUGGCGCCUCUGUUGGCCAGGAGGAACGUAGCAACAGAAGCACAACCCCACAGUACCCCCUGGAAGGAAAGGAUAAGAAGUUGCUCAAGAGUGGCGGUCCAGACGCCUUCACAAGCCUCCCCACUCAAGGGAAGUUACCGGAACCCAAUAAUCCCAGUGACCUUACAGUGACCUCAAGGGGGUUAACUGACUUGGAGAUCAGCACGUACGCUCUGCUCUGUGUCUUCUGCUUGGCCAUUUUGGUCUUAAUCAACUGUGUGGCAUUUGCUUGGAAAUACAGACAGAAAAGUUUUGCUGUGAACGAACAAGGCAACAUCCCCCAUUCCCAUGACUGGGUCUGGCUUGGGAAUGAAGUAGAACUUCUGGAAAACCCCGUGGACAUCACCCUCCCGUCGGAGCAGCGCACAACCAUGAUAGAUAGGGGGCUGCAGUUCGAGGAGAGGAACUUCCUUCUCAACGGCGGCUCCCAGAAGACCUUCCAUAGUCAACUACUCUUUUAG